AUGAAUUCUGACUCCAGCCCCAGCAGCAGAGCCUCCUCCCCGGACAUGGACGCCAUGUUCCUCCGAGAGCAUCUUCACUUCCAGCAGCACCCCGUCUCCUCCUCCACGCAGGGCGGACUCCAGACGUCCGAGGCCAAGUCGUCAUCUCCCGUGGGCAGCAGUAGUAGCAGCAGCAGCAGCAGCAGCAGCAGCAGCAACAACAACAAGUACAAGCUGAAGAAGCAGGUGACGGAGGAGGAGAUGUUCCAGCUGCGCCUGAAGAUCAACGGCCGGGAGAGGAAGCGCAUGCACGACCUCAACCUGGCCAUGGACGGCCUGAGGGAGGUCAUGCCCUACGCCCACGGACCCUCCGUCAGGAAGCUGUCCAAGAUCGCCACGCUGCUCCUGGCCCGGAACUACAUCCUCAUGCUCAACAGCUCCCUGGACGAGAUGAAGCGCCUGGUGGGCGACAUCUACGGCGGACAGCACUCCGCCUUCCACUGCGGCGCCGUCACGCACCCGGGGCCCGCCGGACACCAGGUGCACCCCCUCCUCUCCUCCGCCGCCCCCUCCUCCACCUCCUCCACCCUGCCGACUCUCACCUCCAUCCGGGCCCCUCACCCCCUCAUGAAGGGCUCCCCGGCGGCACCUCCGAGUCUGCAGCUGGGCUCCGGCUUCCAGCACUGGGCCGGACUGCCGUGUCCGUGCGCCAUCUGCCAGGUGCCGCCUCCGCCUCCUCCUCCUCCGCCUCACAUCUCCAUCGCCUCCUCCGGCCUCACCAGACUGAGCGGGGAGGCCAAGGAGGCCAUGAAAUGA